CUUUUCUUCCCAUUUUGCUACUUGCUAUUGACUCUUCACUGGCAAUAAUUAUUAGCUGUGUAAUUUUGAGAAACUUCAGAGAAUGGCUUCUUCUUCUUCUUCUUCUUCUUCUUGUUAUUUACUAUUCUUCUCCUUUUUCUUGAUUUCCAUGGCUCCCCUCUUGGUUUCUGCUGAUCAAUUCGCAGUUGGCGGCGAGAAAGGCUGGGCCAAACCCACUGGAAACGACUCCGAAACCUACAAUGAGUGGGCUUCCCAGAACAGAUUCCACGUCGGUGAUGAAGCUUUAUUCAAGUACCAGAAGGACUCAGUGCUGGUAGUGAACAAAGAAGAUUACGAAAACUGCAUCACAUCAAACCCAAUCUCCAAAUUUGCAGACGGAAACACUGUUUUCGCAUUCGAUCACUUCGGAUUCUUCUACUUCAUCAGCGGGCAGCCCGGUCACUGCAAAUCCGGUCAGAGAUUGAUUAUUCGGGUGAUGGUGCAGUCUGAAGUCGAACCACCGCAAAAUACUACCACACCACCACCUAAACCGGCUGAAGAGGGCGGUGGAGAUCACAACGAUGAUGAUUCGUUUAGGUUUGGACCGCCUGGGAGCAUCUUUUCUGGUUCCAAGAUGGGUGUUGCAUCUUCUUGCUUCAUGACUGCUGUUGUCGCUGCGUUUGUGAUUCUUUGUUUGUUCGUUUAGGAACUAGGAUGAUUUGGUUAUGUUUUAUUUCUUCUCGUUUCUAGGUGAUUCUGUUUGAUGGUUGUUUUGCUUGAUGCUUUGCUGGUAUUGUAACUCAUUUGAUGAACUGCCUUUGUAUGGCUGUUUAAUUUCAG